AUGCGACGAAACUUUUCCAACUCCGGCAAUUACCGGAAUCCAUGUUUGACGAUGCACCAGCCCUGGGCUUCUCUCCUCGUUUACGGGAUCAAGCGUGUCGAGGGCAGAUCAUGGCCCGCUCCAAUCACAGGUCGUCUUUGGAUUCAUGCCGCCAGUAAAGUUCCGGAUGAGUCCACAAUCAAAGCAAUGGAAUAUUUCUACAAGGAGAUUUAUGCGCUCGAUGGCAUCACUGAUAUCCAAUUUCCCCAACACUACCCCGUUUCUAGGCUUUUGGGCUGUGUUGAAGUAGUUGGCUGCUUAACACGUGACGAGCUAGCGUGCUGGGAGAUGGUUCCUGAAGGGGUGAGGUUGGAAGCACAGACUGAUUAUUGCUGGCUGUGUGAACGGCCACAGAAAUUGUUGAUUCCAUUUGAGAUGCGGGGGUACCAAGGUGUUUAUAACCUGGAAAGGAAGAUUUAUGAUGCUGCAGUUAGAGGGCUGUCCCCGGUUAAUGGUCCCCUGCCAGUGAAAUUCCCACUUCUAGAUCCACGAGAUCAAUUUUCAUUGAAGCCAGGUUCCAUCUCUGCGCUUACUCCUAAUUCAAAAGCAACUGAAGUGGACAAAUCAUCCAGUAUAAGUCUGGCCAUAGCUGGGGCACAGGCAGCAUCCGUUCAGUUCUCAAAGAAGGAUCAGAAGCCUCAUAGUACUACUGCUCGGAACGAUGCACCUGCUACAAUGAAUGCUGAUGACGAGGACACAAAUAUUGCAAGAUCUUAUAAUCUACGAUCACGAGACAGGUCUAUGGAAAAGGACAAUAUACCAUCCAGUGUGUUAAAUAAGAAUUUUGACGAUGGGACCUUGCCAUCACAUCAUGCAAUGCAAAGAAGUAGUAAUAAUAGUGAGGGGAGCAGUAGGGAUAAUCGGUUUACCGCUGCAGGAGCAGAUUUGAAACAGUAUCCUCGAGCACCGUCUAAGAUUUUUGCUGCUGCUUUGAAAAGCCUGAAGCAAUGA